AGUGAUCCCAAGGGAAACAAUUCAAGUAAUAACAAAGCGAGCUGCAAUGACACGACGGUCUGUAGAAAAACUUCCCAAGCUAAUGGAUCUUGCAAAUGGAGCAAAAACUUCAUCCAUGGUGCCAGGGAAGUGAUGCACCAGGUCCACAAAGCCCCCAGCUGCAAGUCUGGACAGAAUCCUGGCAUAAGGUGCUGUGAGAGCCCAGAACUGGAGAAUACUAUGUGCCAGCUCACUACCAACAUACAAUUCCCCAGGUCCAAGUACCACAGGGUUACCUCAUUAAAGACAAUAUUGCCAGUGCUGAUAGGGCAUUCUCUGAUGAGUUGGUUAGUUAGUAGUUCUAAAUUUGUAAAUUCCCCAGAACCCUCAGAAUACAAUCCUAACUAA